AGCAAUUGUAGUUAACUCCUCUGCUUUUUCUAUCGCAUCUUCCGCACUUCUCCAUCACAACAUUUCACCUCUCACACAGGCCACACCAACCAUACAUCCACACGCCAGCAACUCAAAUAUCAUGGCGCAGGAUUUUGGAAUAUAGCCGCCGCUUUCUACUAGUUUUACAGCGCCCUUCGACUCGUUUCCCAGAGAGAGUCCCGGCGACUCGACCAUCAAUAUUCCCUCGGACACACUCUUUCAUACUCCUACAAGCCGCUAGAUUCUUCUAUUCGUCAGCUGCUCUGGUGUCCUACUUUGGCCACUGAGACUUGCCUUUUGUUUUCAUUCCACAAUGGUGCUCAUUAACGACAAGAAAUUCGCUUGCGAAAAAUGCAUAAAAGGCCAUCGUGUUUCGGCCUGCACCCACACAGACCGCCCCUUAUUCGAAGUCAAAAAGAAGGGUCGUCCGUCCACACAAUGCAAGCACUGCAAGGAAAAGCGGAAAAGUGCGGGAUCAUCUGUUCACACAAAGUGCCAAUGCGGAGCUACAGACCCUAAGACACUCAAAGACAUCCUUGCCAGCGUCAAUGCUCCUCAUGCCGCGACCAGUGGGCUUGCGGGUGCAUCUGCGACGGCAAAUACGAGCGCAGAACAAGAGAUUGAGACGAGGAAAGGGCAACCGGGAUCUAAACCUACUUUCCCUAGAGGUUUGAAAGAUGUCCAUGAGCUUGCGGCGGCUGCAAAUGCUUUGCAGGGUCUGGGGGAAGAUGACCAGGUGGUUAAAGCAGCCGAGAGGACAGUGCAGGCCUUGUUGAACCCUUGUAAAUGCGAGUUAGGAGGUCCCUGCACGUGUUGCCAGAUAAAAACAAAGCCGAGAAAGAAGCACUCUGGGCAUGAGUUUGAAAAUCCUGCCAGUGCUGGGGCUACACCACCUGGUGGCGGCUGUUGUGGUUCAUCAGUGUACUCUCGCGAUGAUGUUGUGGCCACUCGCAACUCGCCUACGUCUAUCAACUCCUCCGAAGCCAUCCAUCAUCCUCCGCAAACUGCACCAAUGUUACACAAGACUCGACUUUUUUCUCCCUACUCUACCGAUCUGCGUCGGCGUGAUUCCUCAUCAAGCGCAGGCUCAAAAACUCCAGGUUGGGCUAGUCCUCGUGCUAUGCGCCCUCCAACCACUCGUAUCAAGCCUUUGACGGACAUGCGUCGCCUCAUGAGUGCGGCAGUCAACCAGGACGGCACCCUUGCAUCAGAAAUUCCCCGUUCUGUAGUCGGUCUUCCUACGCUGCCGGGUAUUGAAAGCUUCAAUACGUCUGCCAACCUUGAGAAUGGAGAAAAAUCUGAAGAUGUAGAUAUGCCUCUGGCUUUUCCUACUUCGGAAGAUGUAGUUAUUGGGGCGUGUAUGUGUGGGGAUGACUGUUCAUGUCCUGGUUGUGCGACCCACGAUCAUCACAACAUCUCGUCUAGUAAUCGUACUCAUGAUGGCUCGUGCGGAGAGAGCUGCAAGGGCCAUCACGACUGUGCACACUCCAUACCUAUUCCAUCAGGUGUCCAAUCUAUCGCCCAAUUAAUCUGUAUCGCGGCUUCUCAAGUGCCUCCCCCGCCUCCCAACCGAACAGAUUCCCUUAAUCCUCACGAUACAAGGAUUCUUCCUCCUUCGGUUUCGUUGAAUGAAGAUGCUGCACGCACAAUGGGCAUCGUUCCUCUGAAACCUUUGGAGUGUUGUGGAGGUCAAUGCAGGUGUCCUCCAGGGGAAUGCACCUGUACGAAACAAUGCUGUGGAUGUUGUGGUGACUGUACUUGUGAGAAGGAUGAGGACACUCGGAUGGCGGAGGAAGGUGAAUAUACGGAGGGCGCCGGGGACGCUACAACAUCAAGUUGCGGGGGUUGCAAGGGAAAAGAAAAGCAAAGCGGGUUUUCGGACAUGAUCUCCCCUCAAAAUCCCCAAUCUUUAUCACCUACUUCCUAUCAUGUACCUCCACUUCAGCCGAAACCUUCGAAUCUCCCCGUGUCUGCGAUUCAUCAUUCAACGUUUUCACCGUCUUUCAGUACGCCACAACCAUCGCCUUCGACUGUAUCUUCACCUGCAGAUUCACUUUCUGUGGCUGCUCAUCCAUCGAAUGGUCCAAAUGUUAGGCCCGUCCCAAUGAUUCAGCCACGUCCCAUAUUACCAAAGCGUGCAUCUGACACAGGCUUGAUCAUGCCCCAAGGGUCUCGACCUCCUUCUGCUUUGGGACGGUCAGGCAGCAUGACGGCCACAAAGAGGAGUGGAACAAGCACUGGUGUGAGAAGGAGCAACAGUGACGCGAGGAAGGUGGUUGGUCCAUCUCAGCCUCAUCAUCUGCAGUCCAAUCAAAGCCCAAGUGAUCGGUCAUUCUAUAUCAGCUCUCCGCAGCCUAACCAAAUAGCUCCCAAUGGGGUACCCAUGGCCUCGGCGCCUUCUGAAAUGGCUGCUCCUUUGAACAACGCCGACUCUAAUUCCGAUCUGCUCGCAUUCAUCCAACAGCAAUGGUCCGCAAACAAAACAUCUAAUUCAGACAUGAACCCUUCUGAGCCAGCCAUGCCAAUUUCGGUGACGGCCGAACCUUGGGCGUUCCCACCGCAAAACGAAACCGCGGAGGAUUCUCCACCAUCAGACUCUUUUGACCUGGAUGCGUUUUUGAUGAGUAUCGGGGUGCAACCCGAUGGAGAACUUAGAAAUGAUAGACCGCCGUCAUCUCAGCCGCCGCAAUCACUAAUGUCAAAUAUUCCUCCAACUCAACCAAUUGCCCCCUUACCUCCUAUCCCACCUUCGAUGAGCAAUGUUAGACCUGGAUACGACAUGACAUUUGCCAACUUCUUCCUCAACUCUACUCCAUCCGGGCCUUCGGGUCCCUCCGCCGUACCCGCCGCCAGUAUACCAUCGCGCCAUACAACCCCACAAGCCUCUCGACCGCUUACACCUCCAGAAGCCAGCUUCGCAGAGCCGCCUCGCUGGAAGUUUCCCGGUGGUUUGGGUGGUGAAAUCCCGAUAUGGAAGAGUCCGGAAGUGUUGCAAGGUUUUGGAGUGCUUGGUUCACCAGUAUUGGAAAAGGAAGAGGUUGGAGAAGAAAAUGAAAAUGGAAAAGACAUAAUAGAUCUCUCGAAACCAUUGGAUUCUGCGGCCCUGACGAAAAUUAUGAAGGCCCUGGAGAAGCAAGGAGGCGGACAAUCGUCUUCGCAGGGGGCGCCUUCGGUGGUCAACACGAACCAGCAACUUCAGUCAUUACCAGCACUUCAAACUGCUCUUCCAGUCCAUCCAGCCUCUGUUAUCUCUCCUACAAGAACAGACUCUGCCCAUGAGCUCGAUGAUAUGUUCAGUCAGUUCGUCACUCUUGAUGGUACUCCUGGUGGCGGCAAUAAUGAUGGUCUUGGAUUGAAUGGUGGUCCAGGGAUGAUGGCUCUAGCUACAAAUAUGUCUUUGGGAGAUGAACUAGGUUUUGGCGGAGAAAUGAGGUGGGAUCAGGCUAGGAUGUGGAGUAAUUAGUCAAGUAGGGCUUAUUAAUAUAUGCCGAAGAGCUGUCUGGGGAUUGAUUGUAUAUUUGUUGUAGAUUCUAGUAGAUUAAUCAUAGGGGCCGUGGGAGUGGGGACUAUGAUAGUUCUGCAUUGUAACUCUUCGUGAUCAUGAAUUUCAAACGACAUCAUA